AAAGCUCUUCACUUUAUUGUUGGGAAACCACCGAUUCAACGGUUGAGUUUCUCCAAAUCCAGCUUUAGAUACAGAGAAAUCGAGAAGAAAACUGAAGAAAACACCAGUUGUGCUGUUCUUUAUACGACGAGAGAAGAGAGGGAAUGUCCAGUAGAGAUAUGGAGAGAGGUAGGAAACAUAGAGGGGACACCCAGUGGACGUCCUGGCUGACUCCGACCAUUGUCGUUGCUAAUGUGGCCGUCUUCAUCGUUGUCAUGUUCAUCAACGACUGCCCCAAGACGACCAACGGAGAUUGCGUGGCCAAGUUUCUCCGUAGGUUCUCGUUUCAGCCACUCAGAGAAAACCCUCUCUUAGGCCCAUCUUCUUCAACAUUGCAGAAAAUGGGAGCUUUGGAAUGGAGGAAAGUCGUGCAAGACAAUGAAAAAUGGAGGCUCAUCACUUCUAUGUGGCUCCAUGCCGGUGUCUUUCACCUUUUUACUAAUAUGUUUAAUGUGAUCUUCUUUGGUAUCCGCCUUGAGCAGCAAUUUGGCUUCAUAAAAAUUGGGAUCGUCUACUUGAUAUCGGGAUUUGGCGGAAGCAUUCUCUCAGCUCUCUUCCUUCAAAAUAGCAUCUCAGUUGGUGCCUCGGGCGCUCUCCUUGGACUCAUGGGAGCAAUGUUAUCCGAGCUUCUCAUCAACUGGACUAUCUACGCCAACAAGCUGGCUGCUCUGUUCACAAUCUUGUUCAUCAUAGCAAUCAAUUUGGCAAUAGGUUUGCUUCCUUGGGUUGACAACUUUGCUCACAUUGGUGGGUUCUUAACCGGAUUUUUCCUUGGGUUUGUACUACUGAUCCGGCCUCAGUUCGGAUGGGAAGAGUCCCGUAACUCUUCGCAGUAUGGUGCCCGUGCCAGAUCAAAGUAUAACCCGUGCCAGUACAUGUUGUUAUUUGUUGCCGCCGUAUUUGUAAUAGCGGGGUUAACAGUUGGGAUGGUGAUGCUGCUCAAAGGAGAGAAUGGAAACAAGCAUUGCAAAUGGUGCCAUCGCCUAGACUGUUAUCCUACUUCCAAAUGGUCUUGUUAAUCAUCAUUACUGUAAAAAAAAAGUUGAAGUAGAAAAAAACAUGACAAUCUUUUCAAAACUGUUGUAUUUUUUGCUCUCUUUCUAACUACAAUUGAACUGGAUGUGAUUUAUGUGCGGGUUUAUGUAUAUGUCUUUUACGAAACUGUAUUUUUGAAA